UCUCACAGUGGCCUUUAUAUUUGUUUUUGCUCCUUUUCUACUAACUCAGAGAUUCUUGCCAUUUUCGUUCAUGUUUGCAUCCCCAUGCCCAGCUGGAUGAACAUCGCACAGAGCAAAAGAAGUUAAAACUUGUGCAAAAGAAACAGGUACAAACCCAAAAAGAAAAGGACCAGUUGCAAAGUGAACACAGUAGAGCUAUCCUUGCUCGAAGCAAACUGGAAAGUCUGUGCCGAGAACUGCAGAGACACAACAAGACUCUGAAGGAAGAAACCCUGCAGCGGGCUCGAGAAGAAGAAGAGAAAAGAAAGGAGAUCACAAGUCAUUUCCAAAGUACCCUAACUGAUAUCCAGGCCCAGAUUGAACAGCAAAGUGAGAGAAACAUGAAGCUGUGUCAGGAGAACUCAGAGCUCGCAGAGAAACUGAAAAGUAUCAUUGAUCAGUAUGAACUCAGAGAGGAGCAUCUGGAUAAAAUAUUUAAGCACAGAGAGCUGCAGCAGAAACUGGUGGAUGCAAAACUUGAACAGGCUCAAGAAAUGAUGAAGGAAACGGAGGAGCGACACGCACGUGAAAAGGAAUAUUUGCUGAACCAGGCAGCAGAAUGGAAACUUCAGGCCCAAGUGCUGAAAGAACAAGAGACAGUCCUACAGACCCAGCUUACACUCUACUCUGGAAGGUUUGAAGAGUUCCAGAACACACUGACAAAAAGCAAUGAGGUGUUUGCCACUUUCAAACAGGAAAUGGAUAAAACAACUAAGAAAAUGAAGAAGCUGGAAAAAGACACAGCUACAUGGAAAGCUCGUUUUGAAAACUGUAAUAAAGCUCUUUUGGACAUGAUUGAAGAGAAAGCGUUGAGAGCAAAAGAGUACGAGUGCUUUGUGAUGAAAAUUGGCAGACUAGAGAAUUUAUGUCGAGCUUUACAACAAGAAAGAAAUGAACUCUAUAAAAGAAUUAAAGAAGCGAAAAUGCCCAUAAAAGAUGAUCAAGGUCAGCACACCUCCGAUGAAGAGCCAGAAUCAACUCUCUCUGUAAGUGGAGAGGUUGACACAGAGGAAGUGAACAGAGUUCACAACGCAGUGAAAAAUCUGACCACAGCCUUCAUGGUAAUGCACUGUCCAGAAUCCACACCCCAUCAGUCCAAAGAUAACCAACCAGAAUUGGGAAGUUCUCAAGGGACCAAGGAUACUACCCUCAAGGAGCAAGAACAGCCCCCUCUGAGUCCAUCAAGUCCUUCAGAGAGUCGACUAUCACCUCCAAUUGAGACUAAGAUCCCAGGAUGCAAUGAAUCAGACCCUCUCGCAAAAGUCAGUAUUGCCCGUGAAGGGUGGUCAGCAGAAGCCCAAGUCAAGGUUGGAGCACAGGCUGAUCAGCAGACCCAGAGGCCACAAGCAGAAGCUUCCUUUCAAGCCCAAGAAGAGGUCUCCUUUCCUGUGAUGGAGGCAAAUGAUGCCACUCUACCACCUCUAACGAGAGAGCAAGUUCCAACUAGAAUGUCCGGAAGUGAGCCCAGUAGACAGCCCUCACCCACAGCAGCAGGAGCAGCAGAGGGUGUACCAGCAGGAUUCUCAUCCGAGCCACAACUCCCCAGAGCAGCAGACACCAAUCUGGAAGGAGUAGACUAAAACUUUAUAGUGCCUUCAGAGGCUGUUCUUGUCUUUACAUUUUUGGCAAAGCAGAUUGUGCUCUGAAAUAGUUGUUUAAACAUAGGGGUGCAUAAUGUAAGCUACUACCGUAGGGUCAAGAUAUUUUGUUAUAAUGCUAUACAGACAUUCAACCUGUUAUAUUUGCCCUUACCAUAUAAUUGAUUUAGAGCAUUUCUAUUUAACAUUAGUUGGUAGCAUAAUUUCUCCAAUAGCAAUAAAAUAUAUCAGCAUAAAAUUUAUACUGAUUUUCCAUUAAGAUAUUACUUAAUACAUUUUUCCUGAUUGAUGGUAAGACUUGGUAUUUGAGUAAUUCUACUUCAACAUGUACAUGCUACACUUGUAUUUAUUUCCACAUAUAAUUAAGUUUCAUUGUAAGCAAUGGUUGUCCAAGCUUCACUUAAACAUUAGAUAUAUAAUACAUGCAUAUGCAUGUAUUUCUGUGUGUCUCCCUAAUGUUUGGUUUUACUUUCUGUACUCCUAUUACUCACUGUUAACCACCAUCAGAAAAUAUUACAUAAUAUAUCUUUUGAGAGAGAUUACCUUCACAUAACUUUUAUUACAACACAUUGUUAUAAUUCCAUUAUUAAUUAUUACUCUCUUGUGCCUAAUUUAUCAAGUAAACAUUAUGAUAAGUAUAUAUGUGUUUAAUGCUAUCCACAGAUUUAGGUAUCUAAUAAAGGGUCUUGGAAGGUA